GUUAAAUAACACAUUUUGUUGUUAGGUUGGGCUUGGCUUCCCACUUUUUGUACUCUCUAGCUUUCCUCCCCUUUUUCUCCGACUACUCUUUCUUGCAGAGCGCCAAAAACCCACCGCCACUUCUAUCAAUUCUCUCCUUUUCUACAAGCUUCUUCAAUGGCGGAUUCUCAAUCCGGUAUCGAUGGCGUCCAAACACUACGAGUGAGUGUGAAAUGGCAAAAAAAGGUAUUUCCUGAUAUGGAAGUUGAUACUAGUCAACCUCCUUAUGUUUUUAAGUGUCAGCUGUAUGAUUUAACCGGAGUUCCACCUGAAAGGCAGAAAAUUAUCGUCAAAGGUGGUUUGUUGAAGGAUGAUGCUGAAUGGGCAUCUGUUGGAGUAAAAGAGGGGCAACGAUUAAUGAUGAUGGGAACUGCUGAUGAGAUGGUUAAGGCUCCUGAGAAAGAACCGGUUUUCGUAGAGGAUCUACCCGAGGAGGAACAAGUGGUCGCUUUGGGCCAUUCUGCCGGUCUUUUUAAUUUAGGAAAUACAUGCUACAUGAACUCUACAGUUCAGUGCUUGCACUCAGUUCCUGAGCUGAACUCAGCGCUAUUGGAGUAUUCGCAGUCUGGCCGGAACAAUGAGUUAGAUCAGACAUCUCAUCUCUUGACUGUCGCAACGAGAGAUUUAUUCAGUGAGCUGGAUAAAGAUGUCAAACCGGUGGCUCCUACGCAAUUCUGGAUGGUAUUGCGUAAAAAGUUUCCUCAGUUUGGCCAGCUGCAUAAUGGUGCUUUUAUGCAACAGGAUGCGGAGGAAUGCUGGACUCAACUCUUGUACACCCUCUCCCAAUCUCUUAGAUCUCCUAGUACAAGUGAGAGCAUCAGUACUGUGAAGCGCCUGUUUGGUAUUCAGCUAGCUAGCAGGGUGUACUGUCAAGAAAGUGGCGAAGAAAGUAUUGAGAUGGAAUCUACCUUUGCUCUAAAAUGUCACAUAUCCCAUGAAGUGAACCAUUUGCACGAGGGGCUAAAGCAUGGUUUGAAAUCUGAACUUGAGAAGAACUCACCUGCCUUGGGGCGCAGUGCAGUCUACUUAAAAGAGUCAUCUAUCAGUGGUUUACCAAGGUACUUAACCAUUCAAUUUGUCCGUUUUUUCUGGAAGAGGGAGUCAAAUCAGAAGGCAAAAAUAUUGCGGAAAGUUGAUUAUCCUUUAGAGUUGGAUGUUUAUGAUUUGUGUUCGGAUGAACUGAAGAGGCAGCUAGAGGUUCCUCGUCAGAUUCUGAGGGAUGAAGAAGGUAAAAAGUUGGGUCUCAAACCUAGAGAAAAAAGUUCUGGUUCUAAGGACAAUGAUGUCAAGAUGGUUGAUGCAGAGGGUUCUCUAAAUGGGAGUGGAGAAUCAUCUUCUGGAACCUCUCUAGAAGCCACUCAAUCUGAAAAAGAGAUGCAGUUGACUGGAGUUUAUGAUUUAGUUGCUGUAUUAACCCACAAGGGUAGAAGUGCCGAUUCAGGGCACUAUGUUGCCUGGGUGAAGCAAGAUAAUGGAAAAUGGAUAGAGUUUGAUGACGAAAACCCAAUUCCCCAACGAGAAGAAGACAUCGUAAAACUCUCUGGAGGAGGUGAUUGGCAUAUGGCAUACAUUUGCAUGUACAAGGCCAGAACUACUCCAAUGUAAUUCAAGUUUCAUGGGCGUUAUGUCUAAUCAUAUGGGUUAUACAAAUUUUUUUUAGUGACUUGUAUGCAUCAAAUUUCAUACUCUAAACAAACAUUUUUGGUCAUUUUUCUAAAUUAUUGUUGACAUAUAUUUUUCUAGGUCAUUUCAUCGCAAGUCAGCAACUUUUGUAUGCUUACAUCUAUCACCUUCACAUUUUUUUGUUUUGAUCCAUGUCGGAUACUCGGUUUCAUUAUUGAAUUUAUUGAAAUUUUAAACCUUUUGUGGUUA